GGUCGCGCGUCCAGUCGGUUUGGUGCGCGAGUGUACGUGCCUUUCUCGUUGUGUGUUGCAUUGCCGUUUUUCAACGCAUCGGUGGACGGACGGACGGUCAAUUCGAUUUGCCAUUCAGUCAGUCGGUCAGCUUCAGUUUUCAGUCAGGUUUCGGUCUUUCUCCCCGUUGCGUCGGAAAGUGUUCAGGUGGAGGAAGAAAAAAGUUCGUGUUGAUUAUUGAUAAGUCCUGGGUGGUAAGGAAAAUUUGCAAGGAAAUUGUUUUCACUUUGAGGAUUUCCAGUUCGUCGGUGUUUUGAGUGUGGUUCAGGAACAAAAAGAAGAAAGUUGGGCGAGAUAAAUCAAGGGGCGAAGAAUUUUUUUUGCGGAGAAAAUUCUGCGUGUGACAAGUGUUUAUUGGAUACGAAUGCGAAAAGAUUAGUUUCCGGAAAUAAAGAAUGUGAAGUUUCUAAUAAUUCAAAGUAAAAUUGGAAAUUUGCGAUCUUAUUUAAUCCUUGGAUAAAUCAGUGUCGAAAAAAAAAAAUCACCAAUAAAAAAAAGUUCCAUUUUGUCUUCGGAUUUUCCGAUCUUGCUGGAGGAGGAAACACAGAGGUGUCAAGUUGCAAUCAAAUUGUAGAAGAGGAGACGUCGCAGUUGAUUUGUGACCAGAAGUUCCCAGGAAGUAAAACCAGGUCCGGAACAGCAUAACAAGAAGGCCGCUUAUAGCUAGCCAGCAAAAUGGGUAAAACCAAAAUCCAGUGCAGUAAAUGCCAGAAAAAGUGCUCCGGCGAGGUGUUGCGUGUUUCGGACCGAUAUUUCCACAAGACGUGCUUCCAGUGCACCAAAUGCAACAAAUCGCUGGCGACGGGCGGCUUCUUCUCAAAGGAUGGCUCGUACUACUGCACCCUGGACUACCAGAAGCUGUACGGCACCAAAUGCGCGGCCUGCAAUCAGUACGUCGAGGGCGAGGUAGUUUCCACCAUGGGCAACACAUAUCAUCAGAAGUGCUUCACCUGUAGCAAGUGCAAACAAGCGUUUCAAUCGGGCAGCAAGGUUACCAACACCGGCAAAGAAGUCCUCUGCGAGAACUGUGUAACCGGUCCGGUAGCAACAGCCCCACAGUUGACAAAUUCGGCGGCAGCGUCACCAAAGAGACAGAUCGAACAAAAGCAGGAGCAGAAGACGAUCAAAGAAAUCACCUCCAGCCCGACCAAGGCGGCCACUCUCCAUCAUCACCAGGAAGCGAUACGAAAGCAACAGAAUAGCAAGGACGUCGAUCCGAACGAGUGCGCCGGAUGUCACCAGCAGUUGAAAGAAGGUCAGGCACUGAUCGCACUCGAUCGCCAGUGGCACAUUUGGUGUUUCAAAUGCAACGCGUGCGGAGUGACGCUGAAUGGCGAGUACAUGGGCAAGGAUGGAGUUCCGUACUGUGAGAAGGAUUUCCAGAAAUCGUUCGGAGUGAAGUGUGCCUACUGCAACCGAUACAUCAGCGGUAAGGUGCUGCAAGCCGGCGAUAAUCAUCACUUCCAUCCGACUUGUGCCCGGUGCACCAAGUGCGGCGAUCCAUUCGGCGAUGGAGAGGAAAUGUACCUGCAGGGUGGUGCAAUAUGGCACCCGCGGUGCGGUCCCGGACCGUCGUCCGAGUCCGGCAUCCUGAACGGAGUCGAAACCAACGGGUUCAACACGGAAACCGAAUUUGACCGUACCAGUACAAGCGCAAUGAGUGAAAUUCAGUUUUCGUAUCCUUCACAAACACCAAGUUUGAGUGGUUCUGUUUAUAGUCCUUACACGCAUAGAAAGUACCAUCGUACAACCAGCCCGGGUCUGAUAUUAAGAGAGUACAACCGUUCCGGGUUUGAAGAUAUUGCCCGUAUCUACACCUACAGCUACCUUACGGAUGAACCGCACUACUUGCGAAAGCCGAUCGAACCGUACGAUAAGGCCCCGGUUUCGCCUCAUUUCCAUCGGCCCAAUCAGUACGGAACCGGGCACCGUUCGGCAUCAGGAUCGCGUUCCCAUUCAAGAAGCCGCAGCGCGAUGAAGGUAUUAGUGGACAGUAUCCGCUCCGAGACGCCCCGUCCCAAGAGCCCGGGGAUGAACAAUGAAGAACCGAUCGAGCUGAGUCACUAUCCGGGAGCGAAGAAGCCCCCACCAGGCGAGAAACCAAAGAUUGAGCGGGAUGACUUUCCGGCACCUCCGUAUCCUUACACCGACCCAGAAAGGCGCCGAAGAUAUUCCGAUUCCUACAAGAACAUUGAAUCUGACGACGAGGUAGACCAUUCGAAGAGCAAGGAAGAUAAAGAAAUUGUUGCCGAGAUGCGCCUUCGAAAAGAAGAGGAGGAGUUAAGCAAGUUAAAAUCAUCAGGUAUGGGUAAAGUAAUCCUGAAGGAUCUUCAGGAGCAUAAAAAGUACGAACACUGGAAACGGGAGAACCUCGAUCCUCGGAAUGCCUCGCGCACUCCGUCGGCAUCGAAGGAACCGACUUACCGUCUACGGUAUGAGUCCCCAGUGGGUGCGUCGCCCUCUAGAAACCUGGACCAUCAUCGACCUUGCGAAGACGAAUAUUUCGAACGAUCGACUAGCUACCGUGGUUCCGUCGGCCGUGCCAUCGGUAACGCACCCAGCUACAAUGUGGUGAGUUCCUUACGACAAGUACCUAAACCGGGUUACGGCUUGGCCCCUCGUUCGCAUACCUUCAGUUCCGCUACAUCUGGUUCCGCUCACGGUGCUCCUGAUUUCUCGUUCGGUGGACUUGGAGAUAAGACACACAGUACAGAAUUCAGUUGCGGAAAAAGUGACAUCUCCGUCGAUUCAAUAACGGAAGGCGAUCGACGUGCCCUCGGAGCCGACAUUCCCGCUUCGAGCACCUACUCCGGUGCUUUGUCCUAUCACUAUCCUCAGCAGCCGAUCCGUCGUAGCUUGCCGAAUAUGGCGCAUUCGAUGCUGGUGCACGAGCCAGCCAAAAUAUACCCGUACCAUCUACUGCUAAUCACCAACUACCGCUUGCCGUCAGACGUGGACCGGUGUAACCUGGAGCGCCACUUGUCUGAUGUGGAAUUCGACGCGAUCCUACAGUGUUCCAGAGCCGAAUUUUAUCGAAUGCCCCAGUGGAGACGCAACGAAAUCAAGAGACGUGCCCGUCUUUUUUAAGGCAGCAGUUACGAUUGUAUGUCAUCGUGAAACAAAUGACUAUCUAAGCCUAUUUGGAAAUAUGUGACCACGCGCAGCUGAGAUGUUUUACUACUGUUACGUACUAUUGUUUAGUUGAAAAAAAAGAGUCCUUAAAUUAUUUCUUCAUGAAGAAAUUGACUACAGAAUCACAUUCAAUGCUUUCACUUUCAUCGCGAAAAUUGAAUAGGAAUUAUAUUUUUAUUUACCUUGA